UUAGUUUUUUUUCCGCUGUGUUCGCCCGGUUUUCGAAAAAAAAAACUAGAUCAAAGUUGUAUUUUACAACGGUACAAAGACAACCGCGCUUAUCGGUACACAAGCGUGUAUUCGUCACAACGGUGUAAUAUAUGGCUCUCUAGUUGAGUCGCUCGAGUCAUGUGGACAAUUAAGAAAAUUCAAGUGAUGCCACCAUUUUCAAUUGAAUAAAACUCAAGGCUAGAAACCACAUUAAUUUAGUGGAUACAUCAAAGUCAAAGAGCAACGAUUAAUUGCAAUUUCAUUCUUUGUACUUUUUCACAUAAUCAACCGACGAAACACACAAAGCCCGUCAUUUGGGUUCCUAGUGCAACGACAUAAAGAAAGAAAGAAAAAAGAAAACAACGACAUUCGUGUAUGUGUUGUGAAUAUAUUUUUUGUGCUUUUUUUGUUCACUAUUUCGAGUGGUUUUGUUAUCUUACUUGAAAUGAUGGUUGGAAUAAUCAAAAAGAAAUAGUAACAAUGGCGAAUCCACUUAAUUUUCUCAUUUUAUAUGCCAGUGAGUGUUCAUAUGUGCUCGGUAUGUUGUUUGGUGUUUAUAUUUGUAACUAGAGAAGAAGAAAAAAAAGUAGCUGGUGAACACCAUGCACUCUCUGAUCAAGCGUUCACAUAAUAAUUAUAAUCAUUUUUUACACAGACAGCGUGCGUGGCCGUGUUUGGUAAAUGCGAUGUAAAUUUUUAAGUGCCGAAAACGAAAUACUCUCUCGCAACCACGUACACACACAAAUAAACACACAGACACACACAUCCGAGACACACACACACACUUACACACACGGCGCGCACACACAGCAUCGUACGUAUUGAGCAUUGAGAAACGGGAAAAAAGAUGGAAAAUUAAUGCCAACUAAGAACUGCAUAGUAAAAGUUAUACUAGGAACGUGAACAAUGCAAAAUAUUUAGCGAAUUCACGAAAUGAUGUGAUCAUCAUCAACAAAAACAUCAUCAUCCUCAUUAAUUCGCGACAACAUGAUUUACGACACAAAACAAACAACUGAGAGCUAGAGUGAAUUUAGUGAAAUUUUAUAGCCCAUAACAAAUGCCAAAUCGUAGCGAUUUUUAGUGAAUUUAAUUGAAAAUAAAAAAUAAAAAUUAAAUAAACCUAAAUAGUUGAAGCAUAUAAACAAAAGCAUAAACAAAUUAAUGAAUUCAUCUAUUUAUUUAUGUAUUAUCUUAAAAAUAAUUUAGAGUUUUAAUUGAUUCAAGUGAUUAACUUUUAAAUGUAAUGUGUUCUUCCGAUCAUCAUCAUCAUAAUCAUCAUCGUUGUUUUUCUUCUUCUGUGAAUUAAUGUGAAAGAGGCAGUGAGCGAGUGACCAAAAGACAGACAGAGAAAUGUGAAUGUCGAAACCAUGUUCAAAAAAAUAUUUAUGCAACAUUGACUGAUGAUCUAAGCGGAUUUCGAAACAAAAAAGACAAAUGAGUAAUAACAAAGUAUAGUUCAAAUGAAUUUAAGUACACACAGUGGCGGUCCCGGGCCUCCCGGGCCACCGGAAUCAAAUCGGCUUCCAACAGGUCCAUCGUAUCGGGCAUUAAAAACGGCCGUAUCGGCCUUAUAUUCGGUCGACGAUUUCUACAAAGUGAAAAUUGGUUCUGGAUUCUUCUCAGAAGUUUACAAGGUUACACAUAAAACAACUGGCCAAGUCAUGGUACUGAAAAUGAAUCAAUUACGUUCAAAUCGACCGAAUAUGCUACGCGAGGUGCAACUGUUGAACAAACUAUCGCAUCCGAAUAUUUUAAAUUUUAUGGGUGUUUGUGUGCAAGAAGGGCAAUUGCAUGCAUUGACUGAAUACAUGAAUGGCGGUUCAUUGGAGCAGUUGUUGGCAAAUCAUUCGAUUAAUUUAACAAUGACAACAAAAAUUCGUCUGGCACUUGGCAUUGCAAAAGGCAUGACUUAUGUGCAUUCAUGCGGCUUCUUUCAUCGGGAUUUAACCAGCAAAAAUGUGCUCAUACGAAAAGGUGUAAAUAAUCAAUUUGAUGCGGUUGUUGGAGAUUUUGGACUGGCUGCUAAGAUACCGCGAAGUAAAACACGGCUAGAAACGGUCGGUUCUCCGUAUUGGAUGAGUCCUGAAUGCUUGAAAGGCCAGUGGUAUGAUCAAACGAGUGAUGUUUUCUCAUUCGGCAUCAUUUCGUGUGAAAUCAUUGCCAGGAUUGAAGCUGAUCCAGACAUUUUACCAAGAACAAAUUCGUUUGGUUUAGACUACUUACAAUACGUUAAUCUCUGUCCAACAAAUACACCGCCCGGAUUUUUGAGACUGACAUUUUACUGUUGCAUCUAUGAUCCACGCAGUCGGCCUACAUUUGCUGAAAUUGUUCAAAAACUAGAACUGUUAUUAGAAAAGUACGACGGCAUACCGAAAACAGCAGACAUCACGUUCAAAAGUUCAAUAACAACUGAUGAUAUGAAAAAUGGCAAAAAAUCAUCAACUCAGGCGACGACCAACAAACGAUAUUCUAUUGAUAAUUACUGUUCAAAUUGGCUAAAUAUCGCAUGCAAGUCGACGCACGCAGACUCCUAUUCGAACAGUGUAAACGAGAAGAUUCAUUCGUUUAUUGUAAAAGAUAAAGCGGCCAACGGUCAUGAGCAACAUCAUUUACGUACCUUCGAAGAGAAUAAACUUCAGCAUCGACGAUCUUUAUCUGAAAAUAUCAUUCCGUUUCCACCCCAUACAACACCAAGCGAUAAAGCACGAUGCCAUUUGCUCAACAGAAGAAAUAGUCAGCUAAACGCCAGUUCAGAUACCAUCGAUGAGCCAACAUCACCAUCGCCCCCAACCGAAUCCAGUGAAAAUGGCGUUCAGUAUCCAAUUGGAAUAUUUUGCAAUACAACAUUGCGAAAAGUGGCCGAGACGAUGUUCCUAAAAGAUCCACAGUACAAGCCGCACAUGAACAGUCAAACGUAUGGCAAAUCGAAUCCAUUCACAACGCUGACGCAACUAAAAGGUGUGAAAAAGAUUAUUGGUGCCAGUCCAUCCACGUAUACAGCGGGCGUAUGCGAUUUGUUUAGUUCAUGCUUUGAGAUACGUGUUACAAAGGAUACGACCGCAUUUCCACAACGAAAUGCCAAUGGAAAAACGAAAACCGUGCAACAAGCAAAAAGCUUGCCCAGCUCACCAAAAAUCACACAAAGAAAAUUAUCCAAAAUCGAUAAAUUGGUUUUGCAACCGUCGUCCAAAAAUCAUGAUGUCAACGAUACCAAUGUCGAUGACGAUUUAUUAUUUAACAAUAAGACAAAGAAUAGUGAUACGAUUGAACGAAAAAAAAUGGAAUUAUUAGAUGUACCCAAUCAAUGCCAAACGAAUGCUAUGCAUUGUGUCACCAACGAUGCAAAUGAUUAUUCCAACGAUGCGAUUUGUACGGGAACGUUAAAGAAGAAAAAUGCUAGUUCAUUGUUUAGUCAUCCGUUGUUUAAGUGUAAGGAGGAUCGAGGUCGUGACGACAACUGUUAUUUUGAUAAUCCAAAACUGUUAACGCGUGGCGGUUCGAGCGAAAGUGGAUUUUUCUCGUGCCAAACCGACGAAGACUCAACGCAUCGACCGUUGGCCAAAUUAACCAUAAACGGUCCCGCCGAUUAUGAGCACACAAUGCAAUACAUCGACGAUCGGUCGUCAACGAUACAAAGUUCGUUGCACAGCUUCGAUGAUUUUGAUUUGUUCGAGCGCAACGCCAAAUACGACUGUAGUGGAAACGAUUCAUUGUCCAUUGAUAUGGGCUUGGUGAAUCGAUUAUCGUUGGAUUCGGAAAUUAAUAAUCUGUUUCAUAAGCACCAAUUAAAUAAUCAACUGUUAUACUGUAAGAAUCGUACAUCGUCAAUAUACACGGAUAGUUCCGAGGAUAUAAGCAGUUUAGCGGGCAGUGAUUCACUGCUGUGGGAUGAUCGGAUGUCAUCAUAUUCAACAACCAUACCAAAUACACGAUCGGCGCAAAUAGCUAAAAUUGUUGAAUAUUUCGAGCGCAAAGGACAAACGUUUAAGAAUUCGACGAGCGCAAACUGUACGCUGUCUGAUCGACACCAUAUUUCAUCGAUCUCAUCAAGCGACUACUCAUCGGUCGCAGCCCGCACAUAUCUUCCAUCGUCAAAUCGAUGUUCAAUUUAUUUGCGAAAUAACACAAUGAAUGCUUCCACCAUUGAUGAUAGCACGAAAUACACACUGGACCAGUCACAAUCUCACAUUAGGAGCGGCGGAGGCGGAAGCGGAGGCAGCAGCAAUAAAUGCAGUGGUGGAAAUGGCACGGGAAAUUCUACACACACAACACCCGACAUUGAUAGCAAUACGAACCGCAAGAUACAAGCAUCCUCAUCAUCACCAACAAUCGCCUACCAAACAACUAAUGCGUUAGCAUCAACAUCCAAAGAAUACGAAGCAUUUUGCUUAGACUUAGAUAAAAGUAUGGCAACGCCGCAACGGCUCAACGUUUGCGAAGGAGUUGUCAAAUCGAAACUGCAAUUAUUUGAUAAGCUACGAAACAAUUAAGUAUUCGAACAAUUUGCACGCCUCGCUCCGCCGCCCGUUCCCCCCCAGAACUAUAACUAAAACAAAACACAAAUGGAAAGGCAACAUUUUCAGCCAACCAUUUGCAACACACUUCCAUCGAAUCCAUCGGAGAGAACAAAAGCCAAUUACAAACAAAUUUUUGAGAAACAAAAGAGAAACAUGAAAAAUAGAAAAACAAACGCAAGGUUAUAUUAAAUAGAGCAUCACAUGUUAUGGAACACAAAAUUAUAAGAGAACAUCGUUUAACAAUUGAAAAAUUCAAAUUAUAAAUUAUAAAUUAUUAUAUAUGAAGGGGAAAUAUAUGAAGAACAAAAACACAUCAAUUUA